UUGAAUUCAUUAAAGAUGGCCUGGAUGAGCACCGGUCUGUUGCGAGUGUGCACUUUUCUCCUCUUACUGAUCUUGUUUCUGCCAUGUGAGAUGAUGAGUUCUGUCUUAACCGUGAAUGGUAAGACUGAGGACUUCACGCUGGACACUCAGCCUGGUGCCCUGGAAUCUCUGGAAUGUGCCGUGCAGAACCACAUUGAGGCUGAAGAACUUCUCUGGUACCGAAACGAGGGGAGAGUGGAUUUGCAAGCAGGAAACAAAAUCAACUCUAGCUCUGUCUGCGUCUCUUCCAUCACUGAAAACGACGACGGAGUCAGCUUCACCUGCAGGCUGCAGAGGAACCACACUGUGUCCGUCUCAGUGGUGCUGAACGUCACUUUCGCUCCUCUCCUAAGUGGAAAUGACUUCCAAACAGUGGAGGAAAACAGUGACGUGAACUUGGUCUGUAAUGUGAAAUCCAACCCCCAGGCCCAGAUGAUGUGGUACAAAGAAGACAGCAUCAUUAACCUAGAGAAAGACCAUCACCGGAUCCAACAGACGAGUGAGUUUCUUCAGCUGUCAAUCAGCAAAGUCAAGAAAUCUGACAAUGGGACCUACCGCUGUGUUGCAACUUCCCCUCUGAAAAUGGAGACCAAGGACUUUCACCUGGUUGUUAAAGAUAAGACGGCGAGAGUACCAAUAGAACCCAUUAUUGCUGCCUGUGUUGUGGUCUUUCUGACAUUGUGCUUUGGAGUUAUUGCUAGAAGAAACAAGAUAUUGAAGCUCUUCCUAAAGGAGAAAGACUCUCAGAAGGAAACAGCUCUAUGAGAAGGCUGAGCUGCCAUCUAAUACAAGAAGAGUAUGACAUCAAGACACACAAUGUGUAUAGUCCCAUCUGUAUUUGUUGCUAUGAUUAAAUUCAUCCCUGUCAAAUUGUCAGAGGUUACGAAGAAGAAGCGUUCACUAAUCACUUCCCAGUGGUUGUUAUGACUAGCUUGGUAUACGCAUGGAACGUUUUUAUGGAGACAGAUGCUCGGAAUGAAAAGAUUUCUUUACCUCUUCUCCUUGAAGUAUCUAUUAAUGAACUGAGAUUGUUCCAAAGAGAUUGGUAAUCAUUUACUAUCUGGUAUGGACUUUUCUAGGUAGAAGACUCACAGACAUUGGGGUUUCACAAAUCUGUGCCAUUUCCUCCCAAAACAGAGGAGGGGACAACACAGAGUGAUCAACUUUUUAAAUUACCAAGAAGGCAAAAAAAUAAAUAAAUCAACCAAUUAUCCUCCACUCCCACUGUCAUUUCAUAAAAGAAAUGUUCUCGGACUAAAAAAAGAAGGUAGGAUAGAAACUCCAGAUAUAAGGCACUUCUUUGGAAUAAAUUUAG